GCUUUUGUGGCUCAGAAACGCAGCGACUGCCAAGCGAGUCGGAUGGCCUAAAAAAAAAAACAACCGCCCAACAAAAAUUGAAAACGAAACGGGCUGGCGAGGAGUAUUAUCCAGUGAACCGGUUAAUAACGGAUUACCGAUUAUCCAUUGCAUCAAUAUCCAUUACCAUUACCAAUAACCGAUUCGAAAAAUAUAUGCCGCGCGCGCAGCUUGGCUGGCUACUAACUCAUUCAAUUACAAUUUAUUUAUUUUUGUUUCUGUUUGCCCAAUGUGUUUUCGAGGCCUAAAUGAAAGUGCAGAAAGGCAAGUGACUGUGAAUGCGAACGUGACGACGGCACAGAGAGAAAAUAUCCCCAAAAUCGGUUAACAAUUUCGAUUGUUUCUCAUAUCUUUGUGCUCCGAAAACUUUUUCCAACUUUAAAUUAUUACUUUUUACCUCAAAACCCAAAAAAAAACCUUAAAACUAAACCCAGGAUAUGAGAAACUUUCAAUAACCUUCAAUAUAUAUUUUUUCUCAGUGUACAGAAAGCCAAUGAAAGUGUCUGAAUUAAUAAAUGCAAUGCAGUGAUAGCAAAAAAGUGGAUCAAAAAGAAAGGCUCAAUCAAAAUUCCACCAGAAAGGGGAAUCUUUCCCUAAGAAAAAAAAAGAAAAGAAGAAAAAUCCCUUCUAGUAAAAUCAACCAAAAACCAUGGUUGUAGUUCCCGCCCUGGGCGCCGCCGCCGUUUCCGUGGGCGGACUCCUUUUCAAGGCUAGUGCCGCCUCUAAAGCAGCGGCGACAGCAGGCGUGGCAGCUGCUGGCGCCUCCAAAUUAGGUCUGGCCAUUGCUGGUGCUAUCAAACUGGCCACCGCUGUCAUUGGCGUUGGCAAACUAACCAUCCUGCCCUUUCUGAUCGCUGCUAUAGCCUACUAUAAUUACGAUUUAUUCGAUCCGGAGAAUCGACCUUUUAAUGUCCAGCAAGUAGAGGUGGCCUAUGAUUUCAUCAUCAUUGGAGGCGGUUCAGCGGGCACUGUUUUGGCCUCGAGACUUUCGGAGAUUCCACACUGGAAGAUCCUGCUGUUGGAGGCUGGUGGUCAUGAGACCGAAAUCUCAGAUGUUCCACUGCUGUCGCUGUAUUUGCAUAAAAGCAAAUUGGAUUGGAAAUAUCGAACCCAACCCCAAUCAACGGCCUGUCAGGCCAUGAAGGACAAGCGCUGCUGUUGGACAAGAGGAAAGGUCUUGGGCGGCAGUUCGGUGUUAAAUACCAUGCUCUAUAUUCGAGGAAAUAAACGAGAUUUUGAUCAGUGGGCGGAUUUUGGUAAUCCUGGAUGGGCCUACGAGGAUAUACUGCCCUAUUUCAGGAAGUCUGAGGAUCAGCGUAAUCCCUAUUUGGCCAGGAAUAAACGUUACCAUGGCACAGGUGGCCUUUGGACCGUGCAGGAUGCUCCCUACAACACACCCAUUGGUCCUGCCUUCCUGCAGGCUGGCGAGGAAAUGGGCUAUGACAUCAUCGAUGUAAAUGGCGAACAACAGACGGGUUUCGGUUUCUAUCAGUUCAAUAUGCGACGUGGAUCCCGCAGUUCUACAGCCAAAUCCUUCCUACGACCAGCUCGUCUGCGACCCAAUCUUCAUGUGGCCCUCUUCUCACAUGUCACCAAAGUCCUAACAGAUCCACAUACCAAGCGAGCCACUGGCGUACAAUUUAUACGCGAUGGUAGAUUACAGAAUGUAUAUGCCACUAGGGAGGUGAUCUUAUCAGCUGGUGCUAUAGGAACACCACAUCUAAUGAUGCUAUCCGGGAUUGGACAUGGCGAGGAGUUGAGUAGAGUGGGAAUUCCGUUGGUGCAACAUUUACCGGGAGUUGGACAGAAUCUUCAGGAUCACAUAGCCGUUGGUGGCAUAGCCUUUCUCAUUGACUAUCCCAUUUCGAUUGUGAUGAAACGAAUGGUUAAUAUCAACACUGCCCUGAGGUAUGCCAUCACGGAAGAUGGUCCUCUGACCUCCAGUAUUGGUCUGGAGGCAGUGGCCUUCAUCAAUACGAAAUAUGCCAAUGCCAGUGAUGAUUGGCCGGAUAUGAACUUUAUGAUGACCUCGGCAUCGGUGAUGUCGGAUGGUGGGACUCAAGUGAAGACCGCUCAUGGGUUAACUGAUGAGUUCUACCAGGAGGUAUUCGGUGAGGUUAACAAUCGUGAUGUCUUUGGGGUUUUCCCUAUGAUGCUGCGACCCAAGAGCAGGGGCUAUAUAAAGUUGGCUUCGAAGAAUCCUUUAAGAUAUCCCCUACUAUAUCAUAACUACCUCACCCAUCCGGAUGAUGUGAAUGUCCUUAGGGAGGGCGUCAAAGCGGCCGUGGCCAUGGGUGAAACGGAGGCGAUGAAGAGAUUUGGUGCCCGCUUCUGGAACAAACCGCUGCCAAACUGUAAACACCUAACACUAUAUACCGAUGAAUAUUGGAACUGUUUCAUUAGGCAGUAUACGAUGACUAUCUAUCAUAUGAGUGGCACUGCGAAAAUGGGUCCACCCUCAGACCCAUGGGCAGUGGUGGAUCCCCAACUAAGGGUUUAUGGCAUACCCGGAUUGAGGGUUAUCGAUGCCAGUAUAAUGCCAGCGAUUACGAAUGGUAAUAUCCAUGCACCGGUGGUGAUGAUAGGCGAAAAGGGUGCCGAUAUGAUAAAACAACUUUGGCUGACCCCCAGCACGACGGCAACAGUGGGGGUUCAAGGUCAAGGCGGCCCAAGUCCACGUCAAGGUUAUAAGACAAGUCCAACGCCGCGAACUCAGUGGCGGAGUAAGCGAUCAUUGAACGCCAGUGAAACUUUGGACAUUGGAACAUCGCCAGUCUAUCAAUGGCCACUGCCAAGAUCGUAGCGGGUUUUUAUCAGGGGCGGGGUUUUAAAAGGGGUCAAAUAGGGGGAGGGGUUGCAUAUGGGUCGGUUCACUCGUCGUGUGUGUGGGGGGGGCUUAGCACAAAUUUCCGCCUUCGAAAUAAAUUUAAUUUAUUAAGCUCAAUUUGCUAUCUCUUUCUCUCUCAAUUAAUAUUAAUCGAAGACUAUUAUACUGCACUUAAAGGGACCCCCUGCCCCCUCCAUCCUUGACCUUAGUCACUUAAGCGCUUCAUGUAAAUAUCGAGUCAUUUAUGCUAAUUCUUAAAUAUGUUUUUUUUUUUUUUAAUAUCGCUCGUCUGUUGUUGUGUGUGUCGAAAUGUGUAUUUUUUGUGUUUGUUUUAUUUUUGUUUAUUGUUUGUUUGUUUUUUUUUCUGACGCCGCGUACAUUUUGAGUACCUCAAUUAGUCCAUAAGUCGAAGUUUACGAUUACGAUUACGAUAACGAUGCAAAUGUUUGAUUAGUUCUUAAAAGUAAAUGAAGUUAAUAAAACGAUUAAAUACAAAUAUUAAGUUAAGUGAUGAGUUUUUGAACUAUUUGGGCUUUACUUGUGAUUAAUCUAUAGUUCAGUUUUAAUAAUAAACAGAUUUAAGAUAAUUUAUGAACAAUUUUUACAGUUUUCUUCUGGCUAAACAGUUUUAUGUUUGUUAUCAAAACAUCAUUUUAUAGUUAAGCAAACUUUGUAAGUUUAAAAACUAAAAAAGAAAUCUAAUUAACUUCCAUUUAGCCUGUCAUUCAGUUUAAAAGUUCAUCAAAAUCAAAAAUCAGACAGUUUUAAAUCCCACAGCUUAUGCCGGCUUACUUACAGUUUGAUAGCGGCUUAUGACUUCCUAGUGAGCUACAGUUUGAAAUAUAAUAUCAUAGCUCAUCC